GAAAGGACUAAUACAGGUGUGUUGUAACUUGGUAGACUGCCAGAGCUAGAUUAUGAGCUCAUUUGAUCCACAGAUACAUUCUUCACCGCGUUGCAGCCCGCAAUUUCCAAACAUUGGCCAGGAGCCUCCUGAAAUGAAUAUCUACUACGAAAACUUCUUCCAUCCUCAGAACAUUCCUAGCCCACAAAGGCCUACAAGCUUCGAAGCAGGAGACUACAAUGCCACACACAAUCCUUAUCUGUGGUUAAAUGGACCUUCCAUUAACUCCCCACCUUACCUCCCAGGAUCCAAUGGCAACCCUUACAUUCCGCAGUCCUAUGGGAUGCAGAGACAACUCCUGCCUAACAUGCAUGGCUUGGGGGCAAAUGAGAUGGGCUGGCUCCCUAUGCCUUCUCAGGAGGAGCUGAUGAAGUUGGUUAGGCCGCCUUAUUCUUACUCUGCGCUCAUUGCCAUGGCCAUCCAUGGAGCACCAGACAAGAGGCUUACACUCAGUCAGAUCUACCAGUAUGUUGCUGACAACUUCCCUUUCUACAACAAAAGCAAAGCUGGCUGGCAGAACUCCAUACGGCACAAUCUUUCUCUCAAUGAUUGCUUCAAAAAGGUACCACGAGAUGAAGACGACCCAGGGAAAGGCAAUUACUGGACCUUGGAUCCAAACUGUGAGAAGAUGUUUGACAAUGGAAACUUUCGUCGCAAGAGGAAGAAGAAAUCUGAUGUGAGUGCCAGCACAGCAGUGCUUGCUUCUGACAAAUCGGAAAACAGCAUCCUCAGCAGCAGCCCCAAAGGAGCAGAGCACCAAGACAUUUUAGAAAAUUCCUCUUCUGGAACUGAGAGCUCACCUGAAAAGAGCUCCCCACCCCCUCCUUCUGCUGCUCCUUGUCUCAACAACUUCCUGACCAGUAUGACGGCAUAUGUGAAUGGGUCCAAUUCCGUCAGUCGUUCAGUGCCCCUGGGACUUAGCACUGAAGUUGGUGACAAAAUGGGACAGAACAUGGUAGGCUUCAACUCAUACUCUACUCUUUCUAGCAUCCCCAGCCAUGGCAGCGGAGAGUGGUCCAAUUCCAUGUCCUCUGGUCAUCUGGGCUACAGCAGUUCAGUUCUCAACCAGUUCAACACCAGUUUCUACAACAGCCUUGCUGCAAAUAAUACUCUAUAUGCCAGAGAGGGAACUGAAGUGUAAACCAAGGGAGGCCCUGUAACAACAGGAGAAAGGGGUAUGAAUAUGUAGAGUGAAAAUAUCCUUGGGAAAGGUGCUGCAUGUUAGUCCUUCAUUUCUGGCACCCAUCUGUCAAUUUUACUUAGACAAACCCAAAACUCUUCAUUAAUAUGAAACAAAUAGGCCACAGUGGUUUCAAGCUGCACUGUAUAAUUUUGACCUUCAGAGGUCUUAGGAAGUUUACACAAGAGCACAUCCUUGAACUCCACAUUAAUGAAUAUUCUUUAAAAAACAACAACACCUGGUUGAAUAACAAAAAUAGAACAAUCACUUCAUACAGAACCCCAUCUUGAAGAGAUGGAAAGAAAGCAGUCCUUUCUUUCUUUGCAGUCACAUUAGAUGUGAGUAUGAAACAGCAAGUAAAGUAUAAAAAUGACUUUCACUGAGUGGUCUGGUUUCUACUACUUUGGUUAACUGAAAAUGUAGGGUGUGAUCCUGCAAAAGUUAUGCAUGAAAAGAUCCACUGAUCAAAACAGGAAAUUUUUAGUGCUAAUCCCUCACACUGAAACAAAUGGGACUCAAAAGUACUUAUUCUGGGCAUCAUCCAGCCAAUGUUACCUGCCACUUUAUUCCAAAGCUGCUGUUAGAAAAUGCAUAAGUUGCCAAACCCUACUUGUCUUAAUAAUUAUCAUGAAAUAUGUUGUGUAUGGUCAUAAGGUGUGAUUUGGAAGACAAAACAUGGUUGUAGCACAAAGCUAGAAGUUGACAAAUCUAAAUAUAGUGCAUUUUUGUGGAGAAAGUAUAACCCUUGUGAAGCAGAGAUAAAAAAUUUUCUGGAACUUGAGUCACUCAAACUGUCAGCCUGUUCCUUCUGGAUGAAUCCCAUGUGAGUUCAAGUGAUAGCUGCUCAUUUACCGGGGGGGGGGGAAUCUUAUUUUAUACUCCCUGAGAUGUUUCUUGACCACUGCAGUAACUCAA